AUGUCGGUUGUAAACAAAAAUGGGCAGGAAUAUUAUAUGUGCGUUGUCCAUAAUAGCCAAGUGCAUUUCAUCUGUAAACCAUGCCAAAAGCCAAUAUGCCCAUCCUGUCUUGUUUCUAACCACAACACGCACGAAGUUUCGCUAGCAUCUCAAAAAGUUCUGAAGAAUAAAAACAUUUUAGAUGAGCUUAUAUCAUCAACACAAGCGGAAAUAAAAGUUGUAGAUGACAAGAUUGAAAGCUUAAAUCACUACGUAAAAAACGCGAGAGAUAUUGUUGAAGAAAUUAAAAAAUAUUUCAACGAAGAAAUAGAUAAAUUUGUAAAUGACAAACUCCUUUCAAAUUUGACGUCGUACAGCGAGGAUAAAGCGAAGCUCCAAAGAGCGCUGACGGAUUAUCAAACUAAGAAGAAUGAUUUGAAGUUUUUGACGGAGAAUGAAGCUGAGGAAAUGGAUAUAAAGUUGACUGAAGAACUUGACUUAAUAAUUCAUCGCGUCAAUCACCCGCAGAUGGAAUUGAACCUGGCGUCUUUGCGACAAAUUUUUCAAAAUUCAAUUUCAAGUAUAGGUGUAAAGAAGGAUUUCGCAUCCUUGGUCGACGAGAUCGACUGCGGCUCUGUGGUGACAUGUUUUGCCAUCUCCGAUUACAAACUUCAUUUUUGUGUGGGAGAAAAUUUUAUCAUUAGAAAUGUUUAUGGCCCGGAUGAAGAUUCCGUAAACAAAACUUACAAAGGACUGGAAAACCUGGCAGACAUUUUAGUUCAUGGGAAUAAAUUUUACUUUUACAUCACUAAAAACGCCACUGGUGUCUUCUCAUUCGGUUCACUGAACGCCACUGAAUUCAAAGUAAAUUCUAUCGAUAUGUUGAGCCUGAAACACCCGGAAUUCAGAAAAAUCGAAAAUAUUUCUUGUUUUUCUUUGAGCGGUGACACUAUAAUUGCAGCUCGAAACGCAGAUAUUUUUGAACUGGAGAAUAAAAAUUUGAAUGGAAUCAAGAUUGAAGGCUCGAACAUAUUUGGGAACAUUUUGCAUGUUGUCAAACUCUAUGGUGGAAAAUACGUGGUUGCUACUCAAGAUGGCUUGAACCUAUUUUGCAAAGGAAAAAAUCAGAUAUCUGUUAGAUGGGAAAAUAUUAAAAUUUUAAAUAGACUAGAGCAACAAACAUCGCUGUACCAACGUUCAUUCAAAACUUCUGGAUACUCUGCAAAUUCAACAACGGCUUAUUUGUCUUUAGAUUCAUAUGACAACAUUUACGUAAUUAGCAACCGCCUGGAGAAAAUUAUUUUUGUUUUUGAUGGUAAUUUAAACUUUUUAUCUGAGAUAAAAACUAAAUUUGUUCCGAAAAAGUUACAAAUAACAAAAGAUAACAAGCUGUACGUCAGCUACCUCAAUGAGCCUCACAUUUCCGUCUACAAGCUCAACUUCUUUGAAAGGUCAGACGACACGGAAUCAGAUGUUCAAGCAGACCAAACUGAACAAACAGAAAAACAAUUACAAGAACCUUCAGAAAAUUGA